GUCACGUGCUCGAUGAGAAGUUUACAUUGAGGUCAAAGGUGACAUAAUAAUAGACAACAUGGCGGCCUACAGAGCGAGGGUUGCGGAGUUUGAAGAUCUGCUGAAAGGCCCCGUAAUUGAUGUUAAAAAGUUGAAUGAAAUGUGUUCGAAUGGUGGGAUUCCAGAAUGUCCGGGCUUUAGAGCAACAUGUUGGAAGCUUCUGUUGAAUUAUUUACCCACCAAAGUCGACCAAUGGCCAGAGGCUCACAAAUCACAAAGAUCGUUGUACAGGCAGUUUCUCCAAGAGAUGAUCAUCAAACCAGGACAGCAGCUUCAAGGCGUCACAAGAGCAGAUGUGACAUUUGAAGAUCAUCCGCUGAAUCCCAACCCCAACAGUGAAUGGUCGCAAUUCUUCAAAGACAAUGAUAUACUUCUUCAAAUUGACAAAGACACAAGGCGGCUGCAGCCAGACAUAGGGUUCUUCCAGCAAGCGACAGAAUUUCCCUGUGAGGAACUGGUAGAUGCAUCCAAUAAUAUUGAAACACUACGGAAAAGGGUCGAGCACACUUUACUUUACUCGGAAGAUGUGGCAAAAAAUAAACUUGGAAUAAGUACUACAACACAGAAGAAGAAGCCCAAGAGUUAUGACUUUGGUCACGAGACGCUUCCAGAAGGUCAAGAAGCUCACUGGGAAGUAGUGGAGAGAAUCUUAUUUACCUACGCCAAGCUCAAUCCUGGCCAGAGUUACGUCCAAGGAAUGAAUGAAAUAAUUGGGCCUGUCUACUAUGUCUUUGCCUCAGACUCUAAAAUUGAAAACAGAGAGAACGCUGAAGCUGAUACCUUCUUCUGCUUCACCAACCUCAUGUCUCAAGUCCGAGAUAACUUCAUCAAGUCCCUGGAUAACUCUCCAGAUGGCAUCAAUGCUAAGAUGCAGCAUCUUAUGGCUAUGCUGAAACAGAGCGAUCCCGCCGUCUAUCAAAUCUUCUCAUCACAAGAGCUCAAGCCAGAGUUCUUUGGUUUCCGUUGGCUAACAUUGUUACUUUCACAAGAAUUCCCAUUGCCAGAUGUUAUCAGGUUAUGGGAUUCAUUGUUUGCCAACGAGAGGAGACUAGAGUUUCUUAUUUGUGUGUGCUGUGCCAUGAUAGUACUACAGAGAAGUACAAUUUUGAGCGGAGAUUUUGCCUGCAACAUCAAGCUUCUCCAGAACUAUCCAAGUGUGGACAUCAAUGUCAUCCUAAGGAAAGCUACGGAGUUAUGCAAAUAUCUUUAGUAGAGAAUCAUCUGGGCCCAAUUUCAUAGAGCUGCUAAGCACAACAGUUUGAAAUUUCUUCCUUGAUAACAACUGGAUUAC